AUGCCGGUCCCAGCACGCCAUGGCCUCUCGUCGCACUCGUCACCGGCUCACCGUCGCACAGAAGGCAUGGAUCGCUCGGGUUUCCAGCCGCGCGCCCGCGUCACGGACAAGUACCGCAUCGUCGGCUUCAUUAGCAGUGGCACCUACGGUCGCGUCUACAAGGCCGUCAGCCGCGCGCAGCCCCAGCCGUCGUCGUCGUCGUCCUCCUCGCCCUCCUCGUCAUCGUCCCCGACGUCCGGCGGCGCCGAGGUGGCCAUCAAAAAGUUCAAGCCCGACAAGGAGGGCGAGCAGGCGACGUACACGGGCAUCUCCCAGAGCGCCAUCCGCGAGAUGAGCCUCUGCGCCGAGCUCAACCACGACAACGUCAUCCACCACGUCGAGACGAUACUCGAGGACAAGUGCAUCUACAUGGUCUUCGACUACGCCGAGCACGACCUCCUCCAGAUCAUCCACCACCACACGCAGCAGCCGCGGCACCCGAUACCGGCCCCGACCGUCAAGAGCAUCAUGUUCCAGCUCCUCAACGGCUGCCACUACCUGCACUCGAGCUGGGUCCUGCACCGCGACCUCAAGCCGGCCAACAUCAUGGUCACGUCGACCGGGGCCGUCAAGAUCGGCGACCUCGGCCUCGCCCGCCGCUUCGACAAGCCGCUGUACUCGCUCUUCAGCGGCGACAAGGUCGUCGUCACCAUCUGGUACCGCGCCCCCGAGCUCAUCCUCGGCUCCUACCACUACACGCCCGCCAUCGACAUGUGGGCCGUCGGCUGCAUCUUCGCCGAGCUCCUCUCCCUCCGUCCCAUCUUCAAGGGGGAGGAGGCCAAGAUGGACAGCAAGAAGACGGUGCCGUUUCAGCGCAACCAGAUGCAGAAGAUUGUCGACAUCAUGGGCCUGCCCACCCGCGACAAGUGGCCGCUGCUCGCCUCGAUGCCCGAGUACAGCCAGCUCAGCACGCUUCAGUCGCCGCACCACCACCACCACGCCCACCACCAGGCCCGGCCGCACGCGUCGUCGACGACGUCGAGCUCCUCGGCCGCCGGAGCGGCCGCUUCCCACCUCGAGAAAUGGUACUACAACACCAUCUCCAACACGGCGCCCGCCGCCUCAUCGUCCGCCCCCAAGGCUUCGAGCGGCACCGCCGGAGCCGCCGCCGCCGCCGCCGCCACCGCUACGGCGGCGCUGGGUCCGGAGGGCUACAGGCUCCUCGCCGGCCUCCUCGAAUACGACCCGGAAAAGCGGCUCACGGCGGCGCAGGCGUUGCAGUCGCCCUUCUUCAGCACCGGCGAUCGAAUCUCGGCCAACGCCUUCGAGGGUCUCAAGGUCGACUACCCCCAUCGUCGCGUCAGCCAAGACGACAACGACAUUCGCACCAGCAGCUUGCCCGGCACCAAGCGCAGCGGACUCCCGGAUGACUCCCUCCUACGUCCGGCGAAAAGGGUCAAGGAGUAG